GGGCCGGCCGGCGGAUCCCGCACGCCCUGCGCUGAGCUCGUCCGCGAGCCGGGCUGCGGCUGUUGCUCGGUAUGCGCCCGGCUGGAGGGCGAGGCGUGCGGAGUCUACACCCCGCGCUGCGCCCAGGGGCUGCGCUGCUAUCCUCACCCGGGCUCCGAGCUGCCCCUGCAGGCGCUGGUCCUGGGUGAGGGCACUUGCGAAAAGCGCCGGGACGCCGAGUACGGCGCCAGCCCCGAGCAGGUUGCAGACAAUGGUGAUGACCACUCUGAGGGGAGCCUGGUUGAGAACCACGUGGACGGGACCACAAACAUGCUGGUCGUUGGAGGCACUGCUGGCCGGAAGCCCCUCAAGUCGGGCAUGAAGGAGUUGGCUGUGUUCCGGGAGAAGGUGACUGAGCAGCACCGGCAAAUGGGCAAAGGUGGCAAGCAUCACCUUGGCCUGGAGGAGCCCAAGAAGCUGCGGCCACCACCUGCCAGGACCCCUUGCCAGCAGGAGCUGGACCAGGUCCUGGAGCGGAUCUCCACCAUGCGCCUGCCCGAUGAGCGGGGCCCACUGGAGCACCUCUACUCCUUGCACAUCCCCAACUGUAAUAAACACGGCCUGUACAACCUCAAACAGUGCAAGAUGUCUCUGAACGGACAGCGGGGAGAGUGCUGGUGUGUGAACCCCAACACCGGGAAGCUGAUCCAGGGGGCCCCCACCAUCCGGGGGGACCCUGAGUGCCAUCUCUUCUACAACGAGCAGCAGGAGGCUCGCGGGCCCAAUGCUCAGCGGAUGCAAUAACCCCCAGCCAGCCGGUGCCUGGCACCCUCUGCCCCCCAACACUGGCUGGAAAGGAGAGUGCCGGGUGGUGGGUGGGGAGGAUCUUCCAGGAGUUUUGACAUGUGUAUUUAUAUUUGGAGAGAGACCAGCACCGAGCUCGGCACACCCCACUGCCCCCCCCAGCUGGAGAUAGCCACACCCUCCCCUCACGACUUCCGCCGGCCAGGAAUGGGGGUGGUGGCUAUGGGGGAGCUGGGGUAAAGGUUUGGGAGGGGUCGGGAAAGAAAUUUUUAUUUUUGAACCCCUGUGUCUCUUUUGCUUAAGAUUAAAAUAAGGAAAA